AUGGUCUUAAUCAUUGUUCCUCCAUGUGAAAAAAAUGGAGAUGUCAAGAAAAGAAGGUCAAAUCGGGCAGAUAUCCCUGAUAAUCUUCGUCAAGAAGCAGAGACAUGCUAUCGGCUUAGACUGCCUGAAGACUUCUAUCAGUUUUGGAAGUUUUGUGAGGAACUAGACCCUGAGAAACCAAGUGAUGCGCUUGUGUCAAGUGUUGGACUUAUGCUGGUUGGACCAUAUGAUAUUCUUGCUGGAAAACACAAAAAAGCAAAAUCACCAGAUGUGGACUUCAAUCUUCAUUGGCGAUUCUUCUAUGAUCCCCCAGAAUUCCAGACUAUACUUGUAGGGGAUAGCAAAACACAGUAUCACAUGGGAUAUUUCAGGGAUGUGCCAGAUGAGCUUCCAGUCUGGGUUGGUGCAAAUGAAGCCAAGAAGGGCUGUGUGAUUUCACAAGUUGGUGAUAAUGUCUUUGCUGCAGUCAAGUUGUUUUUGUCAAAAAAACUUAAGGAAGUGACCGAUAAAAAGAAAACUGCUAUUUUGAAAGACAUAGAUGAAAAACUAACAAGAACAGCAAAAGAACUGGGUUAUUCUCUGGAACAAAAAACCAUGAAGAUGAAACAGAGAGAUAAGAAAGUGGUGACCAAAGCAUUUCAUGGAGCAGGCCUAGUUGUUCCUGUAGACAAAAACGAUGUCGGAUACAGAGAACUUCCCGAGACAAAUGCUAAUCUUAAAAAAAUUUGUAAGGCCAUUGUUGAUGCUCCUACUGAUGAUGAGAGACUGAAGGCCUUUGCACCCAUUCAAGAGAUGCUCACCUUUGUUCAGUUUGCUAAUGAUGAAUGUGACUAUGGAAUGGGAUAUGAACUGGGUAUGGACCUGUUUUGCUAUGGAUCACAUGAAUCGUGA